CUGAGGGGUUGACUGUGGUGCAGUGUGGGAUGGUGUUGUCAUGUCAGCUUGGAGCCGGCGCUGGCGGUGACAUCGCCGGGGAGGGCGUGAGGAAGAGGUGGUUCGAUGUCAGCGUGAGAGCCGGGGUCGGGAGAUAGCGGCCGGGGAGCUGAAGUGUUGACAGCGGCCCCCCUCCUUGCCCCGUCCACCCGGCGGCGCGCGAGCCCGGGCAGGAGCGCCGCUCGCGACAGCCGGCAGCCGGCACCCGCCGCCAACAUGAACCGGUUCCGCAAGUGGCUCUACAAGCCCAAGCGAUCAGACCCCCAGUUGCUUGCACAGUUCUACUACGCAGACGAAGAGCUAAAUCAGGUUGCAGCUGAACUGGAUAGCUUAGAUGGACGCAAAGACCCACAACGGUGUACGCUGCUGGUCAACCAGUUCCGAUCCUGCCAGGAUAAUGUGUUAAAUAUAAUAAACCAGAUCAUGCAGGAAUGCAUUCCAAAUGAACGAGCAAAUAGGGAUUUCUGUGUGAAGUUUCCAGAGGAAAUACGGCAUGAUAAUCUGGGAGGACAGCUUUGGUUUGGAGCUGAGUGUUUAGCUGCUGGUUCAAUUAUCAUGAACCGUGAAAUAGAGAGCAUGGCAAUGCGACCUUUGGCCAAAGAUUUAACCCGCAGCCUAGAAGAAGUACGAAAUGUUAUCCGUGACCAGUGCCUGAGAGACUUGAAUGCCUAUACUGACAAAAUGAAGGAAUCCCUCAAACAAUUUGAUGGCUUGUUUGCCGAAUUUGAACUAUGUUAUGUGUCUGCCAUGGUACCUGUGAAAUCUCCUAAAGAGUAUUAUGUACAACAGGAAGUCAUUGUUCUCUUCUGUGAAACAGUUGAAAGGGCCUUAAAGCUUGGAUACCUCACACAAGAUUUGAUUGAUGACUACGAGCCAGCAUUAAUGUUUACAAUUCCGAGACUAGCCAUUGUCUGUGGUUUAUUGGUUUUCCCUGAGGGGCCUUUGAACUUGGAACGUAAGCCAGAGGAUAUGUCCGACCUAUUUCGACCAUUUCGUACUUUGCUGCAAAAAAUACGGGACCUUCUGCAGACCUUAUCAGAAGAUGAACUGCACACACUUGAAAGAAAUCUCUGCAUAUCCCAGGAUGGUGAAUUUACAGUUGACCCCAAAAUAUGCUCUGCUAUCCCUCCAUCAGAAGUUCCUGAAAAACUUGUUCAAGAUCAACUUUGUGUAAAAGCUGAAAAUACAGAAGCUGAACUUGCUUGUUCCAUGCAAUAUGAUGAGGAGGAGCUGGAGCAGCUGAACUUAAUGGUUCACAGGGUAGGGGAUGAAAUGUCAUGUCUACUCUCUCCACCAAGCGUGUGUCAGUCGCCAGCUCACAAACCUGUGUUGAAACAUAUCUCCAAACUGGGGAGCUCCACAAAUUCAACCUUUCUUGAACUUUCUGGGGUAAGGCAUGAAGCUGAGGAAGAAGAACGAGUAUUUUUCAUGGACGAUUUGGAUGGAGCAGGUGAGGACUUGGCUGGAGCAGGUGAGGACUUGGCUGGAACAGAUGAACCACAAGAAACCUUUACUUGGAUUGGAGAUUCUUGCCCACCUAAUAAGGAGGACACGCUGCCUCCCCACCAAGAGGAGACAGACACACCAAGGAAUAGUAGCAGUGAGGAAACAGUACAAGCAACACAGGUACUGCACAGACCAAGCAAUAAUGAUUCACUACCUCUGCAAGGGCAAGCCAACGGAAAGAAAAGUGACACAUUGGAAAUUUGUUGUAAUUGUGUUGAUGCAGCUGAAUCCAGUUCUUACCUCAAUGGCUGGAAUGCAGGGACCGAUGAUAUACAGCCCAGCGAAACUGCAGAAAAAAUAGCUCAUAGGACUGGUGGAAUGAAAAUUUCUGCAACUGUUAUCUUUAAUCCCAAAUCUCAGUGCACAUGUUGUUCCUCUGAAGCAGAGCAUGCAAUAAAUUGUGAUUCUGGCAGCUGCCCAGUUUCUUCAGAGGAGUUCUCAAAUCAAAGCAGUGCUGAUGUGGAAAAUGGAAUAAAUCUCUGUGUGCACUGCACUGGCCCUCAAGACAGUAGACUUGACAAUGGCUUUGUAGAUUCUGGGAACUCCAAGAUGUCUGACCAACAUAAAAUGAACUGUGCCUCAGCUUCACAGGAAAAGAUAGGAAAUGAGAGCCCCAGUGGAUCAUGGACAGAUGGGGCUAUCAACAAACAGAAACAUACAAACUCAAAAUGCAAGUGCCUGGCACAAUCCUCAGGAAAAUACCCAGAAGGAGAGCAGCAAACGGAAAUGGACAUCUGUUGCCAACAGCAUAAGGUAGAAAAUAGGACACAGACAAAUGGAGAAAAGGAAAAUGUUGAAAUGCCUGCUGUGAAGAAUGAAUUGGAGGCCACUGACCCUUUGGAAGUCAAAAGAACAGAGCAAAGUUUUCAAGAUCUCAUUCAAGAUUCCCCCAUCAGCUCCAUAUCCAGCAGUGACUGCGGGAGUGUGUCUGUCACAACCUGCAGUCUUUCCAGCACGUAUACUCCAAGUCCUGUUGGCAGUCUAACUACAAGUUCCUACACCUCUGAGGAUGUAGAUCAAGAGGAGAUCCAGCUUGCACUUCUGGCUGCCAAGAUUGCCACUAGAGAGAAGAUCCGGGCUCGUUUCCAUAGCAGCAGUGACCUUAUUCACAGACUUUUUGUGUGCAUCGCAGGUGUUGCUGACCAGUUGCAGACUAACUAUGCAAGUGACCUGCGAAGUAUCCUUAAAACCUUGUUUGAGGUCAUGGCAACCAAGCUAGAGUAUGAAAGCAGCAGGACAGAGAAGAAAGGUGACCAGACAUUGAGAAGUCCUGUUCUCGAAGACUGUGCUUUGUGUCGAGAAAGCAUUUCUUCCUCUGAACUUGAUGACAAGGCAAGAGAUGAGGACUUUGAAGAUCCUCCAGAAUGGGUGCCGGAUGAAGCCUGCAGCUACUGCACAGCGUGCAAGGCUCCAUUCACUGUGAUUCGAAGGAAGCAUCAUUGCAGGAGCUGUGGAAAGAUCUUCUGCUCACGUUGCUCUUCUCAUUCUGCUCCCUUACCUCGAUACGGUCAGAUGAAGCCAGUCCGAGUCUGCACACAUUGCUACAUGUUCCACGUGACCCCCUUCUACAGUGACAAAGCUGACAUCUGACAUUACUGAGUGGCCUCUCUGCUUCUGGCGCACUUCGAUUCUAUCUUCAUGGUCACAGCGGAUGUUAAAUGUCACUAAUUAGAUGAGCUGGCAUCAUUUUUGGUUGGAAUGGAAAUUUGGAUGGGCCUUUCUAGACAAACAUACAAGUAGUAUAUCUGAAAGAUAUGUUAACUCCCAGUCAAAAUUUUUGUACUGUCUUUUCAAAUACAUUUUGAUAAUGAGCUGGUGUAAAGAGUUACUGAGCUUCCAUACCUGUUCUGCCAUGUGAUGAUCUUCCAUGGUUUUAUAUCAGAACUUAAGAAUGCUGUAAACUGCAGGUGAGAAAAAGUUGCUUGGGGAGAGCUUUCUGAGUAAUCUGGGAUAUGAAAAUUCCUAUUUUCCUACAUUAAGGAUACUUUGUAUUGUAGGGAUCAUCAUCAAAUUGAGGCAGAAAUAAUUUGAAACUUUAACCAUACUGCUUAAGCAAAGUUAGUCCUCUUUCCUGUUGGGUAGCAAUGUUGAUCUUGUUCUGAUUGCUGUUCAGCAGAACCACAUGUUGACCUGAAUCAUUUCCUCAAAACAUUCCUGUUGGGUUUGGUGGUUUAAGUUUAAGUAUCUUUUUUGUUUUGCUUGAUGUUCUCUUCUGUAUUUGACGAGACGGCUUGGUGUCACACAGUUGGUAACCAGGUGCCCCCGGUAUUAACGCGGGGGCGUUGACUAGGCAUCACUCUGUAGUGGUAAUGUUAGCGGCUAGGUGGACCAUGAACCUCUCGAGAUGGCAACUGAUGCUUGCUGUCUGAAUAAGUAGCGUCAAAAGGUGUUUAUCUGCAUCAUAUACAUUUUCUUAAAUAGGAAACCAGCCUCUUGGUGUUUUGAAUUAUUGGUUCACUUGGCAUAAUCUUGAACUCCUAUGUAUCUAAACAAUUUGCAUUGCUUUUGAUAACAGGUACCAAAACCAUUUGAGUCUCAAUGUGGGAGGGUGGAGAUUUAGAGAAAUCCACUACUACUCCCUCCCCAUAUAAUUCCUCCCACUCUGUCACAAAAAUGGGUCCAGUAAAACAAAUAACGAUGUUCUUGCAGUCAGGAGCGGCUUACAAAUUAAUAGAGAAUUAAUCGUGGGAAGCACUGUACAACAUUUGGGCGGUGACUUUUCCCAUCAAACCCUAAUGGAGCUCUUGUUCUGAUCUGAAUGUUAGUUUGCUCCACAUAUUAAAUUAACCACCCUCUGAAUUUAUUCUCUGAGCCAUUUCCAUUGCAAAGCGAAAAAGGAAAUAAGCAGUACUUGGCAUAAGACUGGCAAUGACUGGGCAACAAGAGAAUUUGUGGGAAUUAAUUACAAUUCAGCAAAUCAGUAAUCAGUUUACUAGUUAUAAUAGAAAUAAUUGCACGAGUCCAACAGAUGUGAAGCUGAAAUGAUUUAUAGAAAGCACAUCAGAAUUUAACAUUGUGAGAGGGACCAAAAAGUCUUCUACUUGAGGUAACAUUAUCAACACUUUGUAAAGCCCUGACGUUGGAAGAGAAUUUUAAUCUUUUCAAAAGCAUGUAGCUCCUUUCUCAAACCAUGUUUGGAUAAUCUUGGCUGUUUUAUAUUGGGUGGUGGGUAAACUUUAUGAAUCAUAGACUUGCUGCAGUUGACUAAAUAAUGAUCCUCUCCAGGAUCUUUGGAAGGAGGAGGUGUGUUCACUUCCAGAUUAAAUGUUUUUAUUUUAUUUCUAGCUAUUCCAUUUUUCUCCACUCCACUUUAAAAAUAGUCUGUUAUCCCAAAGUAAAGGUUGAUAUUUUCCAUAUUUCUGAUCUAGGUCAUGAGCAUUAUGAAAAUUAUACCUUCUUCAGAGAGUGCACAACAUUCUUUGUGACAAAUUCAGAGUUUGAAAACAGUUUCCCAAAUUUCUUUGCAUUCCCAUUCGUGUCUCUUCUUCCUUUUUACCAUGCAUAAAUCCCAACAAAGUCACAGUAAGAUAAUUUAUGAAUGUUUGCCUUCUCUCCUGAACAUGUCUUGUGAGUUGAACAAGAACUAUUGAGAAGGGAAGAGUAAGGAGCUUACACUUCCAGAUUGAUACCUCUUACUGGGCUUCUGCAUUUCUUGCCUAGUAUUUGCAACUUCCCUCUCAUCACUUACCAACUACCCUGUUGAUGGCUGCUUUUUUUUGUAGAGACUCUUGUUGUUCAGAAUCAUUGUAGGUUCUUCCUCGUGGGAUAUCAAUAUGUUGUAAAUAGCUGUUUCACUAUUGACACCCUGUUAGAACUUAUUUGAGAACACAACCUCUAAUUAAUAACCAAUAAAGUUAGAGCACAGAACGAAUGGAAAAACCACGCCUGCUGCUAUACUAAAGGUUUAAACAUUCACAAGCUGUUGGCAGGGUCUGGUUCUCUUUUUGUAUCAAAAAUGCAUUUAGGUUCCCAUUUUGUCAAAAUUAAUUACUGACUAACUUUGAAUUUUGAACUAGGUAACUUUGAAUUUCCUCAGUUACCAGAACAGAAGCAGAAAAACUAAAUUCACCUAAGGGAAAUUUGUCCCAGAUUGCGUAGAGCAGCCAGAUUCUGAAGGCAAGCAAGGGAACAGUAGAGUGUGUGGGGAAAAACAUCAGCUGGUCAGGUGAAGUGAGAAACAAGGUUACUGUUUUAGGACAAAGACCCUUCAUUCAUGGAGACAAGGGUCGAGUGACCAUCACCCACUAGCAUGAAUAUUACUUACCAGUUUCAUGUUGUUCCAUGAUUGUGACCUACGCAAUUAUACACCAUUAAUAUAAUUAAACUGAAUAGAGUGUGUUUAGGUGCCAGGAUGUACUUUGCAAGGACCAGUAAUUAGUGGCAUUUAUAUUUUCCCCUGGGAAUACUUAGAGCCAUAUAAUUUGAUAUUCAGGUAAGUGUAAUGACUAAUAACCGGUGCCAGUUAAACAGAAAGUAUGUAAAUGUCCUGUAAUCUCUUUCUGAGUUAGCUCUGCCUUAUUCCCUUUCCCUGCCAUUUUGAGAUAUAUCCUUUUAACUUGCAAAUGGUCGUCUUACUACAUUUUACCUACAGUAAAACAUUCCAUCUUAUGGAAGAUAUUCUGUAAAGGUGAUUCCAUUAGCUUGUGGUGAUCUUCAGGCAAUGCUAUUAAUCUAUCAGUCACUAAGAACAUGCUUACUAUUUGCCCUUUUAAAACAAGAAGUGUAAACCUCAUUAAGAACUUUUCCCCUUCGUUGAUCUCUAUCUCACAGAGAAAACGCCAGGUUUUUGAGGACUCUUUCCUGAUGAGGAGAACCUCUUAUCACUGGCAUCACCAAAUCUCAUGUACCAGAAUGUCCUCCUUUAAUGUAGCAAGAAUGUCCCCUCCACGUUGGAACACAGUGAGCCAUUUUGAUUUCUUUUGGCCAUAUGAAGGUCAGGAACAUUCUGGGUUUGAUGAUGCUGUUUUCUGCUGCACUCUAAAGGGUUGUGAAUCCUUAAGUUCUGUGACCUGUGGCACUUGGGUCAGAUCACGCUGUAGGCUGAUGCAAACUGGUUAUAGGAUCGAUUGGGAGAGUUUCUGAUGAAUGCAAUUCACUGACUGCUGUGAAAUGCAUGAGAAGGUUUGAACCAAGGUGAAUCGAUCAAUUCUGUCCCUCAUUCAAGUUGCCUUGUCACUUUAGGCCGUGCAGUGUGUUGGAACGUAAUUACAGCAAGUUGUAAAACUGGUCUUUCAUUCAAGCCAUUCUGAUGUUACCUCCCUCUGUACGAGGAAACAGCUCUUCUCCCUUCCCAGAGUCUGCUGCAAACAUUCAAUCUCCAGCCAAACCCUCAGUGGUGAUGAGAUUUGGGUCUCAGCAAAUGUUCUUAACAAUAGCAGCCAGUUAAAGGAAGAACGGAAGUUUAGAGACAAGAUUCAAUGAGUUCUGGUGAUGUAGUCACACUGGGUGUCUUUUGUGUACCUUCCCCAUUCCAGAUCAGAUUGAUUCAAGCAGCAAACCCUCAGCUCGCUACCCUUUGCUUUAAUUGCUGAAUGGAGACAAUACAAUUCAAUUUCCCUGCUUAAUUGCCAGUGCUGCCCGUCUGCCUGUUUAUUGCAGGUCGGAUGGCCCAGCAGAAGUUGGGGCGUGUGUUGCUAUGGCCCAGUGUGGCUGUGCUUAGCGAAUGAACACUAUAGGAAAGCCACCAAAUUGAUCGCACAUCGAUGCUAUGUGAAUCAAGCUUAUAAUCUCAGGCUUCACUUGAAUACAUUGCAAUGCAUUUUUACCUUAUAGAGAAAAAUAUUGUAACAUAGAGCUUUUCUAAAGGAAAAACAAUGUAUAAUAACUUUGAUUAUAAAAUGCACAAAGUUUUUCUCUGUAUAAUUCGAAUUGUAUGUAAUGGAUUGUAAACUAUUUAUUCAAGGCUUUCUUGGUCUCAUUUUGUAAAUGCUCUUACUAAGACAUUGGAUUAUAUUGCUGUAUGAUUUAACUGAAAUCUUAAAUAUAGUAGUUUCAUAUAUGGUACAAAUUAAAUAAAAAUGUAGAGGAGUUUGAAAAGCACAACAAACGUUACAUUUUGAAUGAAUUACUUGCCCGUGGUGAACUGUACAAGCUAAAAUGGCGGACUUUUACCUCUGGUAUUUCAAUAAAAUGAUUGGCAUUUUA